CCAUGGAGGAGAAAAACUUCAUUUGGGCUAGCCUAUUUUUCUCUAUAAUUUUAAUCACAAUCAUCCAUGGAUGGAUUACAAGAAACCCUUGUACAAAAGUCUACCUUGUGGACUUCGCAUGCCACAAGCCACCAGUUUCUCAGACCAUCUCAAGAGCCCAAUCCUUGGCUCGAGCUAGAUGGUACUGGAAAACCCUGAAACCAGAGACUUUAGAAUUUUUCAUCACCACCAUUGAGCGGUGUGGUUUAGGCGACUCAACUUACGUGCCUGAAGGGUUUCUAACCGAUCCACUCGACUUGAGCAUGGCCGCAGCCAGGCGAGAGGUGGAACAUGUCAUAUUUGGGACUGUUGAUAGCCUCCUGGCGAAGACUAAAAUAAAUUGCCAGGAUAUUGGGAUCUUGGUGGUUAACUGCUGCCUUUUUAACCCUAUCCCAUCUCUCUCGUCCAUGAUAGUGAAUCAUUACAAGCUUAAAGAUGAUAUUUGCAGUUAUAGCCUUAGUGGGAUGGGUUGCUCUGCUAGCCUUCGCGCCAUAGAGCUUGCCAAACAGCUCCUUCAGGUGCACCCUAACUCGAAUGCGCUGGUGGUUAGCACGGAGAGUUUGACCCAACACACAUAUACAGGAAACGACCGGUCCAAGUUCAUAAUCAACAGCCUAUUCCGUGUAGGUGGUGCCGCCAUGCUUUUAUCUAACCGCCCGCCUAACCAUCAUGAUGGCUUGCCCAAGUACGAGCUAAUCCAGGCCGUCCAUACCCACAUGGCUGGCAGCUCAUACAGUUCGUACCGGUGCAUCUACAUGGAUGAAGACGAUGAAGGGAAGACUGGUGUGAGCGUCGGGAAGGACUUACUCGGGGUGGGAGACAAAGCCAUAAGAUCCAACAUCACAAAGUUGGCUCGGCUUAUUCUCCCAUUAAAGGAAAAGUUCCUAUACAUGUCCGGCUUCUGUUCUAAGCCGGACUUGAAGAGGGCGUUUGAACAUUUCUUGCCGCAUGUGGGAGGUAAGCCGUUGUUGGAUGACUUGCAAGAGAGCUUAGGGAUAAGCGAUGAAGGAAUGGAACCUUCUAGAAUGACUCUCCAUAGGUAUGGGAAUGUUUCGAGUAGUAGUGUGUGGUAUGAGUUUGCUUAUUUGGAAGCUAAGGGUCGGGUGAAGAAAGGAGAUCGGGUUUGGCAGAUCGCAUUUGGUUCGGGGUUUAAGUGUAGUAGCGUGGUUUGGAAAGCCUUGAAGAGCGUUGGAUUGGAUGAUGAGAUGUUCAUGAAUCCUUGGAAAGAUGAGAUUGAAGGAUUUCCGGUGGAGACGAACAACUUCGGUAGUUUCUCUUUUUACUUGCGUCCUUCUGAAGAUUUCGUUGAUGCUUAAUGAAAGCAAAAGUAAUAGAGUGAA